UCAAUUGAGUUGCUUCAGAAAAGUCAGUCCAAGAAAACAGUGCAAGAGAUUAAGUUCCAAAUUUAUAAUGGCAUCCAAGUUGAAUAACAUGAAUAGAGCUACAGUUUUCGUUGCCCUGCUUGGGCUUCUUCUUGGUGUCUUAGCUCGCUCGUGUGUUCAGGGGCUGCAGAAGAAUGAUGGGAAUGGAAGCUACUUUGGACAACAAUUCGAUGAACUAUGCAAUAACGUGUGUACCAGUACAAGUAUCCAGAAUGGCUUCGUCACUUUAACAGUCAAAUUCCUCCAUUUCUUCAUUUCAAGUUGCUUACAGUUGAGAUAUUUGCCAGCGUUGUUUCCUGCGCCUUGGACCAUGUCUAUGCCAUUUUGGGUAGCAUUUACUCGAUCAAUCUCAUCAAUGCCAGACAACCCUCUGCAACAACUUUUGAUUCAUCUUUGACUUUCCGCCAAUGCUGUAUUCCGCCCACAUGCGCCCUCCUGACUGAGAAGGGAAAGAGAAGAAGAGGGGAGGAGGGGGAAAGGG